AUGGCUGCUGCUUGUCAGAAACUGCAGGCCAGGCAGGCACCACGGGCCCUGAGUUGGGCUUUGGGUUUCACCGAUUCCAUUCGUCAUGGCCUUUUGCCUACGCAGGGCUCCUUGAGGUUCAAGUGCUUGACACGAGCCACUAUCAAUCAGAAGGUUUUGGAAGCAGAGUAUGCCGUGCGUGGAAGAUUGCCCACCCGAGCAGCUGCGAUCCAAGCAGAACUUGCAAACGGCGCCAAGUAUCCAUUCUCCGAGCUGGUGCAUUGCAACAUAGGUAAUCCGCAGCAAGUUGGACAGGUUCCUUUGUCCUUCAACAGGGAGGUGCUUGCAUUAUUGACAGCGCCCCGCAUGCUGGAAAGGGCAGAUGAGCUUGUCCGACUGAAUCUUGUUUCAGCAGAGGCAGCAGAACGCGCCCGAGAGUACUCCAGUAAAAGUGCCAAGGUUGGAGCCUACACAGAUUCUGUCGGAUUCAAAUUCAUUAGAGAAGAAGUCUGUGACUUUAUCGCGCGCCGGGACGGGAGCGGACACAAGCCUGACAUCAGCCAGGUCUUCUUAACAAACGGAGCCAGUGAAGGUGUGAGGCUGCUGAUGUCGGCACUGGCUGCGCCACAUCUCGGAAAGGUUGGAAUUAUGGCGCCUAUCCCCCAGUAUCCUCUCUAUUCAGCCCUGUCGACCUUGAUGGACUGUGAACUUGUGGGUUAUUACCUGGACGAGGAGAACAAGUGGGCCGUCAGCGUCCCAGCCCUAACAGCAGCAUAUGAGGAAGCCACGAGGCGCGGAGUCAUCGUGCGUGCAUUGGUUGUAAUCAAUCCGGGAAACCCAUCCGGCAACAAUUUGACAGCAGAGACGCUCGAGCAGGUGGUGAGCUUCGCACACGAAAAAGGGUUGGUAUUGCUUGCAGAUGAGGUGUACCAGGAGAAUGUCUUGACUGCUCAUCCAUUCAAGUCCAUGUCCAGCAUUGUUCGAGAGAAACAGCUUGACUUAGAAAUCGCAUCUUUCCACUCCUUGUCGAAAGGAUUCCUCGGGGAGUGUGGUGUCCGAGGAGGCUAUUGUGUGUUUGAGAACUUCGAUCCGGAAGUCAUGGAGCAGUUCGUGAAGUUAAAAUCGGUUGAGCUUUGCUCCAACACCGUUGGGCAACUGUCAGUUGGCUUGAUGGUCAGACCACCCUGUGCCGAUGCAGCAGCUCUGUAUGACGAGGAGAAGCAGCAUGUCCUCGACUCUCUGCGACAGAAAUCACAGAUUCUGCACAAGACAUUGAGCUCCCUUCCGGGCAUUUCCUUGCAAGAGAUUGGCGGGGCAAUGUAUGCUUUCCCGCAAGUAAAGCUUCCGAAAGCGGCCAUCGAAGCAGCGGAAGCCCAAGGCGUCGCCCCAGACGAGUUCUACUGCAUGCAGGCGCUUGAGAGCACGGGGCUCGUGGUGGUCCCUGGCUCCGGCUUCAGACAGCUUGAGGGCACAUUCCACUUUCGAACAACCUUUCUCCCAACACUGGAGCAAAUGCAGAGAGCUAUGGCUUCUUUUGCCCAGUUUCACACCGACUUCAUGAGGCGCUAUGCCUAA